UCAAUGUUCAGAACAUGAGGAUCAUCAUUGGUAUUCUGCUCUUAGCCGUGGCGAACUUCGUUAAUUGCGUGGAAAAAUCACCACCUCCCUCGCCACAACCUUCGCCACCACCCUCGCCACCAUCCUCGCCACCACCGGAAUUUUAUAGAGAAUGGCUGCCUCGGCCACUUAUAGAGUAUGGAGUUGUAUAUUACAAAGAUGAAACUGGUCGUUAUCGGGAAAUCAACGAAAUUCAUCGUUAUGUGGCAGGAACUGCUUUGUUUGUACUUGGAAUACCCAUUCGUGACGAAAUUUAUGCAAUAUAUAAUAGUAGAAAGAAGCAGAUUUUUCUACAGAAAAUGAUCAACUACAGCCAUCUUCUAAAUCUACCAACAACAUUUAAUCAUUUGUUUGUGCGUCUUUCCCCGCCCACGCCUCCACGCUGUUGUGUUCCUUUACCCAGUAUAACAAAACGCAUACAUCAUACAAAAAAAUGAAAACUGGAUUAAAAUAUCCAUGUAUUAUUCAAUUUCUAAGGCAUUAAUCUGGAUUCAGAUAAAAUAUGAUGUACUUUGUAAUGAUAAAAUUAUAUUAAGUCA